GAAAUGAUGGCGGACGCGGCCUAUAAGUAGAUAUAUAGCUACAGUCUGGUCCGGAGAGUGCGUAAGGAAACGGAAUUAGUUUUAUGAGGUAAUUCAUAUGCGAUAGGAAUGGAUCGACGAUCUCUACCACAGCUUACUAAUGACCUGCCUGAACGCAGUCGAAGGCGGCUAUCUUCAAUUUUGAAAGCACCACGGAGUCCUGCUAGAGAUCUUGGAAAUGAGCAACCUCCGUGUACCACAACUGAGAAGAGGAGAAAAAGUUCUCGCCGGGUUAGUUUUGCAGAGACAAUAAGGGUUUUCACUGAACUUCAAGUCUCAGAAGCAGAUGACCGUGAUGGUCGUUCUGCACGAAGGAGUUCAGCAAAUGAUAAAGAAGAAGCAGACGCAAGAUGCAAGAUCACUGGAAUGGAUACAUUGCUUCAUGCACCAAUACAAUCUUCACUUCAACAGUCAGAGUGGGAAGAUGUUGAUGAAUCCAAAUCGAAAACUAUGAUCUUUUCUUGCGACAACGCUAUGGAUCUCACUACAUGUAACACUGUGACCAUUGCUGGAUUUCUUGAAGAGCAACCAAAAAAAAUUGAUAUAAAUUCAUUUUUGGCUGGCUUGAGUUCUCAUCAAGAUCAUUCAAGCAAGAGCACUGAUUUUACGUUUGGGACAAAUACCCAGAAAAACACAGGUUUUCAACCAACCACUAAUUCAUUUGGACAGGCAAAAAUAAAAUUUGAUGACUUCUUGGCUAAUUUAAAUAAUGUAAAUGAACCAUCUGAGAAAGAAAACUUCUUUAUUGACUUCAUGUCUUCUGCGACUUCUAAAAAUCGUAUUCUAGAUAAUUUAUUUCACCACUCACAAGAUGAUUCUGGGAAUAUGACAACAUUUUUCAAAGAACAAGAUGAUGGACUUGAUAUAACAACUUGCCAUACAACUAAUAUUACAGAAUUUCUUCCAGUCACUGACAAGUUUCCAAAAUGUGAAUCACUCGGUAGCUCUAAAGGUCAUGCAAGCAAUUCUAAAGAAUCUUUGCUAUUUUCAGGUGGUAUUUCUCAAACUUAUAUGUUUAAUGACCAUUCAGACAUGUUAAAAGAGCAAAAUGUAAAUACUCAAGAGGUGGAUAUAACACAAAGUCAGACAAUUAACAAAGAGAAUUCUGUGAGACCUAACCCACUUUUCAGUAAUGUGCAAAUGGCUGCUAAAAUGCAGAAGCCUAUUGAAUCUGAAAAAACUACUAUUUUUAAAGAAACUGAGCUUUCAGGAGAUCAUAGAAUUGAAGCGAGAAAUAAUAAUAUAAAAGCUGAUGAUGUCCUAGUAUCCUUUCGAAAGCAAAAGGAUUUUUCAGAAGAGGAAAUGGACUUAACAAAAAGCCAUACAGUAGCUAUAGAUAGACAACAUAUUGUUGAAAUGAAAUAUCCUAUUGAUGUUGACUAUGGAAAAACUGUGUCAAGUAAGCAUGACCAGGAAAGUGCGCCGAUUAUAUCUAAAGAUAAUGUGAUUUGUGCAGAAGAGGAUAGACAAACUCAUAGCAAUUCUCUACAGUCUUGUUUUACCCUGGACAAAACGGUAACUUUUAGUGAUGUCAAACCAUUACAAAAACAACAAAAGACAGAAUGCAAAGAAUCUGCUUCUAUGUUGAAUGUGUCUAGUGAUAACGAGAAAACUAUUCUUCCAUGCCAAGACAUGGACUUCACACAAUGUAACACAGCUGUACUUCACAUCGUUCCAUCUCCAGGGUGGCUAACUUCUAAGGAAACUGCUAAUUGUUCAAAAUUAGAUCUGGAAAAAGUCCUCAUUUCUGGAGAGAAUAUGAAUAAGCAAAGCAUGGAUCAGAAAUCGUAUAUAGAAAUUCCAGAAGAGAAAAGUGAGAUGGGUAUCCUAAAACCUCAGAACACUACUUCUUGUUUAUCUAAAGAAAACAGAUCUGUUAUUUUUGCUGAAAAGACUGUUUUAUUUCCAUGUGACCAAGAUGAUAUGGAGUUUACAAAAUCACACACAAUUGCCAUUCAUGAUAAUGUAUUACAGAACUCUUUCCUUCCUAGUAUGUCCAACUGUCUCAAUGAUAAAAGAACAAAUAUUUGUGGAUUAAGAUUAUCUUCAGUCUCAAAUAAGAGUGUUUUGUUCUCAAAUGAUAGCAAUGAAAUGGAGCUUUCAAGAAGCCAUAUAAAAUGUGUUAAUUCAAACCCCCUGUUUAAUGACCAAGAUUAUAAUAAACUCCAUGAUCUCCAAGAGAAAACUACCAUCUUCACUAGUAAUGAUGAUAUGGAUAUCACAAAAUCACUUACUGUUUCCAUUGAUCACAAAAAAGUGGAAGCAGCAUUUGACAAAGAAUGCCAAAACGAAUGCAAUGUGGAUAAAAUAGUUGUACGUGAUUUAGCUAACUCUUGUAUGUUUACUAGGAAGACCAUUCCACAGCAUAAUGAUCUGGAUGUCCCAAAAGUUAGUAGUGCUUCCAUUACUGAGACUAAAGGUGAGGCUCAUAAGGGAGCCCUGGCAAAUGCUGCACCUAAAGAUCAGACAGUUUUGUUUUCAUAUGACCACGAAGACAUGGAUAUAACUAGAUCUCACACAGUUGUUAUUAGCAAACAUGAAGUUCAUCAAAAACUCCAGAAUUCUAAUAUAAAGUCUGAUUUACAAAAGCUGUCUGUUUCUUCUGAUAUGACGAUACAUCUCCAAGAGGAUAUGCAGAUGACCUCUCUUGGCAGUGAUGGUUUAAUUUUAGAGGUUACUGAUCCUGUUUUCAAGAAGACAAUCCAAAGAAAACCUUUAGAAGAAACUAAAGUAUUUUCAAGUGAUCAAGAAGACAUGGAAAUGACUAGGUCACAUACAGUUGCAAUUGAUGGACAGACACUUUGGCAGGUGACAUUACCUCAAAAGCCACAUCUUAGAAAAUCGUACGAACUCUCUAAAAAUGUGUUAAAAUUACAUGGUGAUAUUGAAAUGGAAAAGGAAAAGAGUGACUUUAUCAAUGACAAAAGUAAAGUUCCUUCUUCGGGGGGUUAUUUAUUACAUGUAUUAAAAGAGAAGGUCAAUUUGUUUUCAUGCGAUACGGAAGACAUGGACAUAACUAAAUCACACACUGUUGCUAUUGAUGAGAACAAUCUAUGUCAAGUGACUUCAAAUUUAGGAAAAUCCUCUAACACUGACAAGACAAUACUUCAGGAAUGUAUGGAGUUGACGAAAAUUGACAUUGAUUCCUUCGAACAGUCUUCAUCCCCCAAUAUUAAUAAAAGAGAGAAGAGUGCAGCAUCUAAUGAAAAAACUGUUUUCUUUUCAUGUGAUGAAGACAUGGAGAUGACUAGAUCACAUACAGUUGCUAUUGAUGGAAACUCUGUGUGGCAAAAAAACUUAUGUGUAAAUUUGGAUUUAAGAAAAUCGUCUUCUCCUUCUGAAAUAAGAGUACAUCUAGAGGAUGACAUGCAGAAUACUAAAGUUGGUACUGAGAAGAACAUGUUGAAUGCAUCCUCUAAAGAAAUUCCAGUUUUGUUUUUGUGUGAAGACGACAUGGAUGUGACUAGGUCACAUACGUUUGCUAUUGAUCAGAUGGGCCUGGAUCAACAAACACUAAAUCUUAAUUCUAGUCUGAAAGAGUCUUGUGCUACUUCUGUCAAGAUUUUACAAGAUGAAAGGGAGAUUAAGGUUCAAACUGAUUGCUUCAAGGAAGAGGUAAAGGUUCCUUUUGAAUGCGACAAAGAAACUAUGGACAUCAAUCAAUCACAUUUAGUUGCUAUAGACAGAGAAAUCAGGAGUCAAGGAACUCUGCAUUCUUCACUGUCUUCAGAAUCAAAUUUUAAUACUACAGUUUCUUUUCCUGUGUGUGAGGAUAUGGAGCUUACAAAAAGCCACACAAUGGUUAUUAGUGAUAAGAUAUUGACAGACAUUCCACACAAUCCAUCUAUGCUUCAAUUUCACUCUGUCAGAAGUAUGGAUCUUGUUGCAAAAGGUCAAGAUGCUAUGGACUCCAGAAAUGCAUGUACUGUUUCUUCUGAAAAAAUAUGUGGAGAAAGUUUGAAUUCAUGCAGUAGUAUAAAAAAUGUGCCUGAUGUUUUUCAUUCAUUGAAUUGUUUGCAAGAGAAAGAUGUAAUUAAUGACUUUAGAUCUAUGGAGCAUUUAACCACUUUCUCUAAUACUGCAUAUGAUAAAACAAUUUUGUUUCCAUCAGACCAAGACAAUAUGGACCUCACAAUAUCACAUACUGUUGCUAUUGAAAAUAAAUUGCGUGAAUUCAACACUAAUCAAAUAUUAGAUUGUAAAACUAAUUUAUCUGCAUUACAGUUAUCUUCCAUUCCUGACCAGUCUGCUGAAAUUCAAGGUGAAAUUGUACUUUCCAAGAGCAACAUAAUUGUAAAUGACGGUAAAAAAACAGUAAAGUUGCAUAAUCAGUCUACUUGUGUCAAUCAGAAAAGUAUCCUUAUAGAAGAUGGGCACAAUAACAUUACAAAUUCAAACACUAUUGAUAAACAACUGAUGGAUACAAUUAGUGAGGAGAAAUCUGGCACUCUAAAAGUGAAAAAUAUGAAUAGUGUACCACUGGACACUGUACCCUUGGUUGUCAAUCACAUAGAAGAUGAAUUAAAUAAAAACUCUGAGGUAUCUUGCAGACCUGUAUCUCAGACUGUUUUUUCAAAGUUGGGAGAUGUAAUGGAAAUCGCCAAAAGUUGUGUCUUGGACAUUGAUGGUAAGAACACUUCUGUACUGCCAAAUUCAACUGUAACUGGUCUAGAAUUUUAUAGCUCACAAAAAACUGAUGCUCUGAAAAUGAUUAGUCAAGAUGAUAAAGUCUGUACAGAUAGAGUUAAAGAAAUUAAAUCAUUUCAAGAGGUUUCAAGUAAAAAACAGUCUGAAAAAACAGUAAUAUUUUCAUAUGAUCAAGAUGAUAUGGAUAUGACCAAAUCCCACACUGUUGCUAUAGAUAAAAACAUGCUGGGACAUACCAGGCAACCAUCUUUGCAAACACAGAAAUUGUAUAAAAAUAUUAAUGAACAUAGUGACAAAACACUUGAAUUUGCUGCAGAUAAUUCUAUGGAAAUUACCAGAAGCCACACGGUCCAAAUCAAUAGUGGAAAAGUUUAUCCUUAUAACGUGGAUGAAAUAUCGUCUUCAGGUUGCAAUAGGACUGUAUUUAGUUAUGAUGACAUGGAAUUCACAAGAUCACAGACUGUGAAUAUUGAUCGUAACUUUGUGGUCUCCUUAAAAGGUAAAGAAAGAGUAUUAGAUACAUCUGAUCUGAAGGGCAAUACAGUCAAAUUUUCAAUGGAUGAUGGGGAUUUAGAGUUUACAAAAUGCCACACUGUAGCUAUAGAAAGCGAACAUCACCACAUUAGUUAUGCUGACAAAAUUAAAUCGACAAGUCAACAAGCUGAAAUGGAAGUGAUUAAAGCACAAGCUCCUGAAGUAGGUGUUGUGAGAGUGACUAAAUGUCCACAUUCGCAAAGUGAGAGGAAAAACAUUAAUUCAUGUUCGAAAAAUAAAUCAGAAAUAGUUAUUUUGGAUGGCACAAACACAGACAUUAUCAAGCCAGACACUGUAACAAAGAUGGUACACACUAAUAAUACUAUUGUCUUUACACGUAAUCCUGAGGAUAUGGAUAUAACUAAAUCUCAUACUGUAACUAUAGAUAACAAAAUGAUAACUCAAAAUGAAGUUCAUGAUAUAAAAGAUAACGGAAAAAGUUUUUUAGGUACUUUAUCCACACAGGAUAAAUUGUCUCUUGUGUCCAAAGAACCUUGCCUUCCUCUAACAGAACCAACAAUUGUGUUUUCUGAAGCUCAUAAUGAUAUGAAUGUUACUAAAUCAAUAUUUGCAUCUUAUGACAGACCGUUUAAGGGAACUGAAGACCCUGAUACUAUUAAAGCUAACAGCAUUAAGAAAAAUAUUGGAACUAUAGUGCCUUUAUCUAAUAAUACCACAAUUUUCCUCUCUUGUAAUAAAGGGAAUAUUCCUAUCAGUGGCAAUACACUUGUCUACAGUGAAAACAUAGACACUCAAAACAGCUCUUUAGAAGUUUAUUUAGCUCCUAAAAAGACUUGUAUCGAGCAUAGGGAACAAAGAGUGGAUUCACAGUGCAUGAGUAAUGUCCAAAACAAUUGUGUUAGUGAUCUCUUGAAUGAAGACCCGCUAGUUCCAAUUAAUGCAGUUGACGUAAAAGAAACCCAGGAAGCAAAAACAACAAGGCUAAAAUCAAAGAGAGUAUCAUUUAUUCUGCCUGAGUGUGAGGUGGACUCGUGCAAGACCAAUGCUGAUGACUUGGAAGGUUCUUCCACUUCAGUUCUACAUUUGACAGACAUGCAACGUGAGCAGCAAGGUUUUUUUGAAAAAUCUUGUUCGGAAAGUAAUGAUUCUAAAUAUGAUAUAAAACAGCCCUCAGUAAGCAUUAAAAAUGAAAGUGAUCAAAUAUGUGCAAUACAGCUUGGCAAUUUGUUAGACCCAAAGCUUCAUGACUUGCCAAAUAAAAAAACUCAACUAAAUAUGACUCAAGGGUUAGCUCCGUCCUCUGAGGUAUCUAGUUCUGCAGAAAGUUCACAUAAAGAUGGAUAUAGACGCAAAAGCAUUUCAGAUAUUCAGUUAAGGAUAAAAAGCUUGACACACAAAUCCUUUUCAGAAUGUCAUACAGCUCCGAUCUCUUACUCUGUGAAACUGCCCACUUCAACCCAGACCGUCAAUCUUAUAGAAGCAGAUGUUGAAGCAGCCUGUAUGUUUGGAAAUAAUGUACUCACUGAAGAAAAUAAAGAUGUAGCCUCUUCAGAUUCAAAAGGCUCUUCAGCUACAAAUGUGGAAUCAACUUACAAGGAACCUUGCAUGCCUAAUAGGUUGUCUGUUAAGGUAUUUCAGCCUAAGCUGCCCAACAGGAGGAGUUAUAAUGUCUUUAUAAGUGGAGAUUCUUCAGUUCCUGAAACUGCUUUGAACCCUGAUCGAACAUCUUUGACCCUUCUGAAAACACUGACUGAUGGGGAAAGUGCUCCUUGUAUAGAUGAGGAAAUGCUGCCUGUUUGUCCAGAUGACCAUGAAGUCAAUAAUUUGUUUAACUAUGAGGUACCUGAAGGUGCUUGGGAAGAGUUGUGUAAAAAAGAGGCCUUCCAUCACAAACUGGGAGAUAGUGAAUCUGAUGCCACAGAGACGAGGUGUAGCCAAAAGAGAGCACGUGACACAGAGGAAAAUGGUGAUCUUCACAGAGAAAAGAGAAUCCGAUGGAAUAAACGGACUCUGGUAGCUGAUAAAGCAUUGGUUUCAGGAGCCUUACCUCCGGAAGCAUACCCUGUGAAUGAAGAUUCCUCUCUACAUACAAUGAAGGUCAUAGAACAGACAAGCUGCAGUAAUAGCAGCUCUUUAGACUCCAGGGAUUACCGUUUGACUAUAGAAUUAAGCAGUCAGCAGUCCAUUCAAACGGAUUCUCAGCUGCCAAGUGAAAGUGGAAAUGAUCAAAGUCUUUGGGGGAAAUUUCAGGGCGACACUAUUACUGUAAAGGAUAUUUUCAUGCUGUUCAAAAUCAAUAUCCUAAUUCAGAAGCCACGAUACAGUGUACCUCCUGCUCACCACAGAACAAGUAAUGCUCCAACCAUGGAAGAUCUUAUUCUGGAUAAGUACAUCUACCAGCCCAAACUGCAAGUGUAUGAAGAAGAAUGCCAUGCGCUCUAUCAGACCAUUGAAGAAUUAAAGUUGUGUACAACAAUUCAAGAGAAGCCUUUAAAGGAUGUGAACGGCCUUCUCUGGGAAGCAAUCAGAAUGUGUUCAGAAGAUGAGGUGUUGUACUUUGGAGUAACGCUAAGGGCGUUAAAAUCCGUGUACUCCAAGAAAAUUAAACUUCUGACCCACAAAGGAAAAGUGUCAUUAUACAGCAAACUGCUUUCAAACAACACAGUUUACCCCAAAACCUAUCUUAACUUCUGCAGGACACUUUCUCCUCCAUUUGAAUUAUCGCUGCGGCAGACACAGUGCUUGAUCACCCGUGCCAACCGGGAAAGAACUUGGCCUUUGCGGCCUGCACACGUCAUGGUGCCUAAGGAUAAGGAACCCUGGUCAGACAUAUAUGCAGCUCUGCAGGAUUUCAGUUUACAGAUGUCGACCAGGUUUGCUGACAUAUCUAAUCACCUCAGAUCUACUGCAACACAGUCUGAACAUACGGAGCAGGAUGAGAUGGAAAACGUCACUAUGCCGACUCCCGCAGAUCGGCCCUGUAAGCAAUGGAAGUGGCUACCAAGCUCUAUGUCAGACGUGCCUGAGUCUCCCGAUAUCCUUAUUGACCACCCCCAGCCCAGCAAUAGCCCGACUCAGAGGGACGCGGCAGGCACUUUGGAUCGAAACUCCGUUCACUUGUCAGUAAAGAGAGAGCUCCGUGUAAAUACUAGGCAGGUGCAACUUGAUCAGCUGCAGUCUAAAUUAAGUCACUUCGAUAAACUUCUAGAAGAGACAGAUAAUUUCAUCUCUUUGUUAGAAACUGAAACAGCUAAUACAUGCAAAAAUGUGAAUUUGGCAGAGAAAGACCAGAGAGUGAAAGAUCUGCAAAUUGAAGUCGAAAACAUAAAUUCACAAGAAGAAACAAGUAUCAGAGACUGUUCAAAAUUGGAGGAGAGAAGGACAAAGAUUAUUGCACAUCUUGGCUCUUUACAAGAAGAAGCACAAAAGUUUGACAAACAUUUGCAAGAAUACAAUUUUACAGAAUGGGAGUUGGAUUCAUGGGGAGAUGAUUAUGCUAUUUUUACUUUUCUCUAUGACUCACUUGAACUUACAGUCACAUUUGGAGAACUUGUUGAUGGUGAGCAAUUUUUGAACAAACCUUGCAGAAGAAUUUCUAAUGUGACGUUUGAGUCACAAUUAAAUGAGGAAGUUGCCCCUCCAUCUUCUCUUCUUGUGCAUAAACUUAUUUUUCAGUUUAUUGAAAAAAAGGGAUGCUUCAAGGACAAGCACAGGACCCAGCGAGAUCUACAACAGCUGCUUUUUGAUGUAUCCUUGACUGUGAGUCGAUGCAAGUUACUUGGAGAAGAAAUUGAAUAUCUGAUGAAAUGGGGUGCCAGAUACAAUCUCCUUACCACACAUCUGCACUGCACAGAACUAAAGCUUCUGUUUUCAAGCUCUGCUGCUUUUGCAAAAUUUGAAUUGGGAAUUGAACUCUCAGAAUCCUACCCUGCCCUUCCUUUUUCCUUCAGAGUCUUGAAUCGCAUUGGUAGCAUUGGGCACAAUGAAAUAUCAUCAGCUUUGUCAAAAGUACCUGUUGGUCUUUGGUAUCUGAAGAGAGCGAUGUGUCAUAUACAUAAAAUCUUAUUGGAGUGAGGAUCCCAUGCUAAAUUACAGAUAUUUCCUUAUGUUUUGUCAUGGCCCUGAUUGAAUAGUAGAAGUAACAUACUGAGAACUUCAAAUGUUAACUUUCUUGUUCAAUCGUUCUUUUCAGAUUUUACAAGAUUCCAAGAUUUGUUAAUUUAUAUGAGAAGACAACUUAAUAUUGUUCAUAGUAAAACAGUGUAUAUACUUAUGUUUUUAGAACUGUAAAUCUAACAUAUCUGUUGCAAAUAUUUCUAUGUUUUCCUUUUUAAGAAACACUUGUUCAACUUGCAAACUAAUCUUUAAACAUUGUUUCUGUAUAUUAAGAAUUGUACUUACUUGUUUUUAAGAAACAAUAAUUCAAAGAAAUGUAUUCUGUCAAAAUAUACUUAGUAAAAACUCUUCUUUCUGCAGCUGUAUAUUUAUUUGCAACUAACACUCACUUCAAAGUGAAAUAUGGCUUGGUGUACAUGGUAAUUAAUGGAAGAUCUCAAACAUGCCAUUAUGUAUGCUGUUGUUUCUCUACUUCAGUACUCAAAUAUUCAUAAUGUAAAUAUUUAGGUUAUUUGCUCUGGGUAAUUUGUUGGCGCAUGUGAACCUGACUUGUUUAUAAUAAAACCAGUUUUCAAAUACCUUAAUUUAAGCAUCUAUGUUUAAGCACAGGUGGCAUUGUCAAAUCUUUCAACAUGAUUAGCCUCACCUAUGGUGAAAUAUAUAGUGCUGAAAAUCCUAUCAUGUUUGCAGUCUUCAAAAUCUGCAGUUGCUCACAACUUUCAUGUGAUUUAUUUGAUCACUCUAAUUUUAUCAAAGGUGACACACAGAGUUUUAAAAUACCAAAGGUUCAUUUUAAGUAAAAUUGCCACUGUUCUUCACCUAUGAAUCAUUUGUCAUCUAAAAUCUGUUCCUCAAUGUAUAAACUGUGACAUUUGUUUUUAUCAAUAAUCUCUCAUUAUAUGUGUAUUGGGCUACUUGUCAAUGUUUCAAUAACUUGUUUUGUGUUUUAUAAAUUAAUUUCUAGGAUUAGCAUACAAGUUGACCUUUGCUUUUCUUAACUUCCAUCUAAGUGUUGUUUUUUCUUCAUCUUUGGAUGUUUUUAUUUACUUAUAUCUAUAUUGGUCACAAAUAUUAAUAAAGUUUUUAUGCGAUUAAAAUGA